AUGAAAUUAUUAUUACUAUUAAUUAUUACAAUUUUAUUUAAUUGCGCUAAAAGUCAAAACUGUUUUGUUCAGACUGGUUUUUCAGGUGCAACACUCGAAUUCAUUUCAUCCGACACCAAUAGCAAUAUUAGAAAUGACAACGGUGUUUUUGGUUAUACAGGUGUUACCAAUGGUACUCUUAGUGUAGAUAUCGAAAACGGUAUUGUCUUUGUAGAUUCUUCUGAACUAUCUGUUAGUUUUACAGGUACUUACCAAUCUUCAAGUCAGAUUUAUGGUUUUGAAGGAACCUCUACCUUAUUUAUCAUCAACGAAGGAACUUGCUAUAAAUCAGCUUUAUCUUUUGUUAUCCCAAUUAACCAAAUCCCACAAAUAAAUAAAAUUGGCACCAAUACUAUUGGUACUCUCGAAUGUGGUGUCUAUGAAGUCGUAAACCAAGAAAAUCAAGAUAUUACCUCUAUUACAGUUUUGGUUAAUGAACAAGACUGCUCCUUGGUAUCAGGUAAUUCUGUAAAUAACAAUGGUAACCCAGGUUCCUCUUUAAUUAAUUUCUAUAACUACGUACCAAAAGCAAACCCAUCAUAUUUUAAUCUCCCAUCAAUUUGUAACAAUGCCCAACCAUUACCAACCUCAAAUCAAAACCAUAUGAAUACAAUCUCACAUUCACUUUCAUUAUUAAAUUACCUUAAAUAA